CCAGUCGGUGAGGAAGCGGCUGCAAUUAAAGAUAUCGCAAUCCCCAGACGCUGGCCAACUAUUGCCGGGCCCGGCUAUUUUGGUAGUUUCCGCACGCGACUCUUGGCCACAUGGAAUGAGAUGAGCACGGCUGAUAUUUGGAUGGAUACUUGGGAGGUUCGGCGGUUGUCGCAACAUGCAACAUUGAAAUUGAGCCGACCCCGGCGGGUGAAAGAUGAUAUUCAUCACAUAACCGAGGGAUUUGCAUAUUCAUGUUUUCGUAAACUGCGGCAAUUAGCUGACUGUCAGAUGACAAACGAGUGUUGGAGAUGAUACCGGGUUUUCGGAAUAAGUUUAAAAAGUGUUUUUUAUAUUUUUCCUCAUACGAAUAUUUAAGAGAAAGAUGUAGUUAGAUUACAUCUUAUCUUGAAGUGGUAAAUUGUAAACUGGUAUGCAGCCCGCCAGUUCCAAAAUUGCGGAAUUCGUAACGUCAGUGCGGGCAAAAAGAGUAUGUAAAACUGGAGGCAAAAAGACGACUGUUGUCUUGGCCUUCGACGGUUUCGUCCGACUUUUCUCUUGGCCAUCCCGGCACUUGGUCUCGAGCCAUCGUCGCUAACGGUCGCGUGCAACGGCUAAAAAAUCAAAACCACCGACUGUCGGCGUUGAUCAAAGGAUAUACCUGUCGCUUUGGUUUCCAUUUCCUUCAAACAUGUCUAACACAACGAGCUGGAAGUUGGCUAUUAGUUUGGGCGUUUUCUUUUCGGCCUGCCUGACACAAGUCCACGGGGCGUAUACUCGCGAAAUUGUGAACGACAAGCUGCCGCUGCAGGAGAGGCCUUCAUGGCUACAAACGUGCAAGCGUUCCAAUCCAAAUGAGGACAAUUGCUUUCGACAGCUCUUCGAAGGAUGUUUUCCGGCCCUGGCCGCUGGAAUCCCAGAGAUCGGUGUAAAGAGCUUUGAGCCACUGAACAUUGACCAGGUUUCGGUGUCCAAGGGCAGUGGCAACCUGGUGCUCUCCGGAGGAUUUCAAGACCUGGUCAUCCGCGGACCCUCUAAUGCGACUGUUCGGAGAGCAAGCUUGGAUCUCAAGCGGCGUCUGCUGAACUUCGAGCUGGAGCUGCCCAGGCUGAGGAUCCGUGCCAAGUACAACCUGAAGGGGAACAUCCUGCUGCUGCCACUCAUCGGCAGUGGAGAUGUGGCCAUGGCCCUGAAGAACGUCCACACCACGGUGUACACUCGGAUCUCUCUCAGAAAUGAGACCCGCACCGGCGACGAGAUCAUCCACAUCGAUGAAAUGAAGGUGGGCUUCGACGUGGGUGCCAUGCGAAUCCACCUGAAGAACCUCUUCAACGGGAACGACAUCCUGGCCGCCUCCAUCAACUCGUUCCUCAACCAGAACGGCAAAGAGGUUAUAGCCGAACUGCGUCCUGACUUGGAACUGGGCUUGGCCGACAUCUUCCACGGCCUGUGGAACAACGUCUUCUCCAAGAUGCCCACCAAACUUUGGCUGGUUUAG